AUGGCAAAGUAAUGAAGCGAUGGAAGUGAUUGGACCAGUGCGAGUAGUUCAUCAAUAUAUCAAUAUGCCGGAACAAUCUGCAGAAUUUUAUAACGAGACUACGAAAAAGGUUGAGAAGGUGCGCGGGUGCAUACCUGCGAUGGGUUAUAGCUUUGCAGCUGGUACUACUGACGGACCUGGUUCGUUCGCUUUUGAGCAAGGUACAACGACAUCGAAUCCCCUUUGGAAUACCGUACGAAAUUUUUUGGCCACCCCUACGAAAGACGAUAUUCGUUGUCAGAGCCCGAAACCUAUUUUAUUAGCCACUGGACGAAUAAAACUCCCUUAUCAAUGGCAGCCGAAAAUUGUCUCGACGCAAGUCGCCAUAAUCGGAAACGUCGUCAUCGCUGGCGUGCCCGGUGAAUUCACGACAAUGUCUGGAAGAAGAUUGCGAGAGUCUAUCAGGAAAGUUAUGAGCGAUGCAUCCGACGACGAAACAUCCGUAAUAAUCGCAGGACUCUGUAAUACUUACAGCGAUUACAUAACAACACCUGAGGAGUAUCAAAUACAAAGAUAUGAAGGCGCAUCAACAAUUUACGGUCCGCAUACACUUACAAUAUACUUGAAGCAGUACCAGGAGUUAGUAAAAGCGGUUAUUCAAAAUAAACCUGUUUCACCAGGACCACCCGCUCCGGAGCUGUUACAAAGUAACUUGAUCAUCCUUGUACCUCCUGUGCUGUACGACACUCCACGAUGGGGACGCAACUUCGGGGAUGUUAUCCAACAGCCACAAAAAGUCGCGUCACCUGGUGACACAAUUAUAGUGAUCUUUGUCGCUGGUCAUCCUCGUAACAAUUUAAUGACCGAGAACACGUUCAUAACCGUGGAACGAUUAGGCGAUGAUGAAGUUUGGAUACCAGUAGCCACGGAUGCCGAUUGGGAGACCAAAUUUCAAUGGAAACGAACUUCUGUGAUACUAGGGUCGAGUCAGAUGACCAUUACGUGGAAAAUCCCGCAGGAUAUUAAACUGGGCGAGUAUCGCAUAAGACAUAAUGGUUAUUAUCGCUAUGUCCUUGGCGGCGUAUAUCCUUACUACGGUGUUACCAAUCAUUUUCAGGUGAAAGUUCCUGCACCGAAUAUACGUCAACGUUAUUAUGGAUGACACUUGACGCCUUUCUUCUUCUAUCUUGUAUUUCGAACUAGGAAAUUAUUACGCUUAUUUCAUAGUUAAAUUAAAUCUGUCUUAUGUUUGUUUUACGUGUAAAUAGAUAUUCUACUAGAGAAUAAAUGAUAGCAAAAGAACGU